AGAACACCACAGGUAAAAAUUAAGGAUAAUAAUGGAGAAUUCCGUGGGGGAGAGUAGCACCACCGCGGCCGUGACUUCCAUAUAUCAUGGCUUGCCAUUGCUAACAACAAGGCUUGUCAGUAGUAACAACACCAACAAUAAUAAUAAUAAUACACAAAACAAAAUGAGUCUUGUUAUCAAUGGCGACAGCCACACACAAGCUCAUUUGGGUCAAGUAAUUACCCACUACUUGGCCUCAUUGCAACCCCACAAGCAACGCUUUCUUGGGUACCCGACGAAUGAGGAAUUCAACUACGAGGCUCUGGCUCCAUUGCUUCAUCUUCAUCUUAACAAUGCAGGGGAUCCGUUUCAUGGGAGCAGCUUCACUCUGAAUUCAACAAGUUUCGAAGUGAGUGUGCUUGAUUGGUUCGCUCAUUUGUGGGACAUUCAAAAGAGUGAAUACUGGGGAUAUGUCACCACUGGUGGUACUGAAGGCAAUCUCCACGGCCUCUUACUUGGGAGAGAACAAUUUCCGGAUGGGAUUCUUUAUGCCUCCCAAGAUUCCCAUUAUUCUGUAUUUAAGAUAGCAAGAAUGUACAGAAUGCAAUGUAUCAAAGUUGCAAGUUUGAUUUCCGGUGAGAUUGAUUGCCGUGAUCUCAAGGCUUUGCUACUUGCUAACAAACACAAACCCGCCAUUAUCAAUCUUAAUAUAGGGACAACAAUGAAAGGAGCUGUUGAUGACAUUGAUCUUGUAAUAAAAACACUUCAUGAAACUGGUUUUAGUCGUGAUCGAUUCUAUAUUCACUGUGAUGGAGCUCUGUUUGGAAUCAUGCUUCCUUUUCUCAAAGAAGCAGCAUCAAAGAUAAGUUUCAAGAAAGCAAUUGGAAGCAUAACGAUAUCUGGGCACAAGUUCUUAGGAUGCCCAAUUCCAUGUGGAGUUGUAAUAACACGUUUGGAACACAUGAAGGCGCUAUCAAGAGACGUGGUUGAAGUGAUUGCAUCAAGGGAUGCCACAGUCACAGGAAGCCGUAGCGGGCAUGCUCCGAUCUUCCUUUGGUACAGUCUGCAGAAGAAGGGUAUAAUUGGAAUUGAGAAGGAAGUUGAAAGGUGCAUAAUGAAUGCACGUUACUUGAGGGACCAACUUGGCAGUGCUGGAAUUGGUGCAAUGCUGAACGAGUUGAGUUGUACGGUUGUGUUUGAGAGGCCUCUGGAUGAUGAAUUUGUGAGUAGGUGGAGUUUGGCUUGCAAUGGAAACAUCGCGCAUGUUGUUGUCAUGCAACAUGUUACUCUUUCAAUGUUGGAUUCUUUUGUGUCUGAGUUUCUGCAAAACAGAGUCAUUUGGUUCCGUGAUGGACUUAGAAAGCCUCUCUGCAUUGCAAACGAUGUUGGUGCUAUCCAUUGUACAUGUCCAUUGCACAUUUCAAUUAAAUUAUUGGACAUAUAGUAUAAAUUGAAGAGCCAAAUUUAAAUAUCGAAGUGGAUUAUUUUA